CACCUAGAUCCCGCACGUCUCUGUAUACUAUACCCUCUGAAAAGCAGGCGUGUAAGAUAGUUUAUCCAACAUGGUCUGGUGGUCAGACCCGGGGAAGGAGGUGUUGAAUAUCCUGUUCAACCGCGUCCUCGCCCCGUAUGUCGAGAAUCUGGAUAUGAACCAGGUCAACUAUGGUAUCGGACAAGGCCAGGUUACGCUCAGCAAGCUGCGGUUGAAGAAGGGAGCUCUGGAUAAGUUCAGGCUGCCAGUGGACGUCAUUGAUGGUCACUUGGGAAAGCUCUCUCUUUCACUUCAUUGGAUGAACUUGGGAAACCAGCCCGUGGAGGUCUUGGUCGAGGAUGUGUACCUACUUGUCGUCCCUUCGUCCGAAUCUACCUAUGAUCCCGAAGAAGAGGAGCGCCGUGCACAGGCCGCCAAAUUCGAGCGUUUGGAGAACGCGGAACUCCUGCACGUCCGAACCCAGACGGGCAUGUCUCAAGAUAACCCGCAGUCGCAGGGUCUCAUUGCGUCUUUGGUGACUAAGAUCAUCAACAACUUGCAGGUCACUGUCAGGAAUAUCCACAUCCGAUACGAGGAUAAGUUGAGCGUCCCAGGUCACCCAUUUGCUGCUGGCCUCACUCUUGCCGGAUUCACCGCCGUAUCUGUCAACGAGAACUGGCAGCCUGCCUUCAUCGAUAGCAAAGCGGGCGCUGUUCAUAAGUUAGCGCGUCUAGAAUCUCUUGCUGUAUACUUCGAUACAGACUGUCAGAGUCUUGCCGGACUCUCGUACCGAGAAUUCGUCGAGAACUUUACGGCUCUGAUCUCCAAAGGAAGUCGGACCGCAUCCCACCAGUUCAUCUUGAAGCCAGUCUCGGGCGAGGGCAAGAUCACAAUGAACCACAAAUUGGACAAGGAGACACCCCGGUUUGACGUACAACUCUCGUUCGACGAGAUCGGCGUCCUCCUAGAUGACAACCAGUACCGAGAUGCAAUCUCGCUCGUCGACAUGUACCACUUCUACAUCCGGCAGCACCAGUACCAAAAAUACCGUCCACCCGCGGAGGAACUUCAGAGCAAUCGCCCCAAGGCCCUCUUGAACUUCGCUACCACGGCUAUCUUGGAUGAAGUCCGGGAACGCAAGCGGAAAUGGACGUGGGCUUACUUCGCGGAGCGGCGGGACGAUCGCCUGCGCUAUGUUGACCUAUUCAAAAAGAAGCAGCUGGGCUCUUUGACAGGCACGGACGUGGGCUUGUUCGAUGCCCUGGAAAGGAAGCUCUCCUACGAAGAUCUCCGCUUCUACCGCUCUAUAGCUCGGUCCCAGCUCCGCAAGGACAUGGCCACACGCAGGAAGCUUGAGGAAGAGCGGAAGGAGAGCCAGCCGCAGAAUAGCAGCUCGUGGUCUUCGUGGCUUUGGGGUUCAUCUUCUUCUACCGACAGUUCCGGUUCCAGCACCGAGGAGACCGCGUUCACCGGAGAGAUGACGGACGAGCAGCGAAAGCAGCUCUAUGAGGCACUUGACUUUGACGAAAAGGCUGCCCUGGCGGAGUCGCUCGACACCCCUCGUGACGCGCUGAAGGCGCGGGUCAAGGCGCAGCUCAACCGUGGGUCGUUCGCGCUGAAGACAGACCCCCACGGCACCAAUAGCGAUAUCAUCUCGGUCAGUUUCGACGUCUUCCAGGCGACGUUCUUGCAACGCCAGGACAACUUCGAGACGUCCUUGUCCCUAGGCGGCUUUGCUGUCCGCGAUGGCACGACGACGAACACAGCGUACCCGCUCAUCGUCCACGUGCAAGAGAAGCGCAGUCAUAGUCAGAUUGUCAAGACGCUCCCGGUCGACGACAAGAAUCAUAGCAUCCCCGAACUGCCUGAUCCAUUUUUCUUCCUGAAGUUCGAACAGAAUCCUCUCGAUGGGCGUGCGGACAACGCAUUGACGUUUCGCAUGAGAUACAUGGAGAUCGUCUACCACAAGGGCUAUGUUGAGGCAGUGUACAAGUUUUUCAAGCCGCCUGCUAGUCAACUCGAGUCUGUUGAAGCUCUUUUGGAUGCGGCCAGUCAAACGCUCGAGAACCUACAGAAGGAGACGAGGAUAGGUUUGGAAUACGCUCUGCAGACACACAAGACCGUCGACGUACAGAUGGACCUUAAUGCACCAAUCAUCAUUGUCCCGGAGGAUGUCACGACCACCCACUGCAAGCAUUUGAUCGUCGAUGCGGGUCACAUUUCGAUUGUCAGCGAGCUCGCGAGCAAGGAGGCCAUUCGCGAGAUUCAGUUGAAACGCAAGAAGCAGUAUACGGAAGCUGACUACAAGCAUCUCGAGUCCAUGAUGUACGACCGUCUCAAGGUCCAGCUGGAGGCAGCCCAGUUCCUCAUCGGCGACGAUCUGAAUUCCUGCAUGAAAGCACUGAAGUCACAAGACCGCGACAACCUGCACCUUCUGGAGCGCACGAAUAUUGACCUCCAGGUCCAGAACUCGAUCGUGCCGACUGCGUACAACCUAGCCCGUUUCAAGGUUUCCGGUCACCUUCCGACGCUGGAGGUCAACAUGUCAGAUACGAAGUACAAGGCGCUGAUGCGGCUUAUCGACGUCGCGAUACCCCAUUUCGAUGACGAGGAAGAGCCCCAAGCUUACGCCAUGCGACGCCCGUCCGAUACACAGCGGCGCGCUUCAGCGGCAUUCAAGAUGCCUGCCGGGUUUUUCGGCGCGUCGACGGAGGACUAUGCGCUCGAGAGCGACGAUGAGGACCACGAAUCUGUCACGUCACCAUCAAAGCAAGGGCUACCAGAGCAAGACGAAGCAGACGAAGAGUCAGAAUUCUUCGAAGCAGAUCCUGGGACAGCAACAGCACGUAUUAGUCCCGCUCUGCAUCAGCAUGUGGUCGAGGUCAACUUCAAGGUCGACACGCUCCGUGCGUCGCUCUAUAAGUCCGCUCAGGAUGGCUCGGAGAAGCCCCUAGGAGAUGUCGCGUUCCAAGGUUUCGGUCUCGAGUAUGCUAUGGAGAAGUACGUCAUGAAGGUUGGCGUCAACUUGAGGUCGGUCUUAAUGCACAUCAAUCAAGUCGGAAAGGAUCCGCUCGAGUUCAUGUCCUCGGCAACUGGACCCACUAACGAGGAUCUGCUCAUCUUUAAAUACACCCGUGUUCAGCAGGCUUCGCCCGAGUUCCAGCCGGUCUAUGAGGGCAUUGACCAGAACGUCGACAUGAAGAUCUCGACCUUCUUGUUCCGGGCUGCUCCGGAACCAGUCGUCACAGUCUAUGACUUCAUCAUGACCACCUUUGUCCCCCAGACUGGACAGAUCGAGACUACGCCUCCGAACUCACCGGAAGGCGAGAAUGGCCCGCCAGAAAUUGUAGUUGAGUCUGGUGUCUCCGCGCAAAAGAUUCGGGUUCUCUUAACCCUCGCCAGUAUCCAAGUCAACCUCAUCAAUGAUGAUGUGCAGAUCGCGACUCUAUCUCUGUCCACAGCCUAUGUCGCCAUCCUCCUCCGGUCGAACACGAUGCGCAUCAACGGGCGUUUAGGGAGCCUCGCUUUGAACGACGACUCCUCGAUCAACACUGCGUCUCCCGAUUUCAAACGGAUUCUGUCCAUCGAAGGGGACAACUUUGCCGACUUCACGUAUCAGACUUACGAUCCCUCCGAUCACGAGACUUACCCUAGUGUAAAGUCAUCGUUCUCGUUGCAAACAGGCUCGCUGAAGGUCCAUUACCUGGAACACACCCUUCAUGACGCGUAUGCCUUCCUCAUGAAGCUUGCCAAGCUGAAAGGCUUGUACGAUGCAGCGACUGAGGUUGCAGUACAGCGAGCUUCUGAGAUCGAACGCAUGAAGUUCGACGUCUCCAUUAGCACGCCCAUCAUUGUGUUUCCGUCUGAUGCUCAGCAUUCUGUGGACGUUCUUACUCUUCGUCUCGGUGCUCUAAGUGCUCGCAACGAGUACAAUACCGACGACAAUCGCAUCACUGCGGGUCUGCAUGGCAUACAACUCGCGUCCCAGCUGUAUCACGAUAACCGGCGUGCGGAGUUGAAGAUGGUUGACGACAUCGACAUCGACGCUGAGGUCACUCAGAAGGUCAACAUCGACCGGUCAAAAGACAAUGAUUACCCGGCUGUGCAAGUUGCCGUCAAGAUCUCCGACGUCCGACUUCACCUGACGCAGACCCAAUAUUGCCUUCUCAUUGCUCUCUUGCAGUCCAUCCCAAAGGUCUUCGCAAACGUCUCAGAAGUCGAAUUGGAUUCUCCUCAGCUACCCUCCCCUGUGCCCGUGUCUGACAGCCAAGCCCGCGAACAGACCACCGACGCAGUCGCGGGGGUUGACCUUCGACCCGAAAUUUCCGCUCACUCCUCGUCAGGAGAAGCUCCUCCAUACACUUCCUUGGAUCUUGUUGUAACGAUUGGUGCCGUGAAGUUGCAUUUGUACGACGCAUCGGCAACGGCCCCGGAGGAUGUGAAGGAGCACGGCAUAGCGAGGUUCGCUUUGAACGACAAUAGUCUCCGACUCAAGACGCUGUCCGACGGUGCUCUCGAGGCGCAGAUUGUGUUGAAAUCUGUGACGAUGAGCAAUACUCGUCCUGGGAACUCGAAAUUCCGGGAGAUCAUGCCAGCCGCACAACAUGAACGCAACCAAGUCAUGCUGCUUUAUACCAUGUCUGGUGGUCAGGGGAGUCAGAGCCUUGCUGUGGUCACUAUCGACUCUCCAGAAGUUAUUUUCGCGGUCGACCCCGUCAUAGCACUGCUCGAGUUCUUCACGAGCGCCUUCAUCGCUCAGAAUGGGGAUCCCGACACGGAGACUGAAAGUGUCUCGAGCCCGGAGACCCAGACGACGUCCACUUCCAGUAGCCUCGAUUUCCGGAUCGACUUGCAUGAUGCUUCAGUUAGUAUCCUCGAGGACGACACGAAUGCCGAAUCGCAGGCAAUUCGUUUGACCGUCAAGCAGCUGCUUGUCUCACAGCAGGGGGUAUUCGCGGUGAGCGUAAACCAUGUUGGCAUGUCUCUUACGCGCAUGGGGAAGCCAGCCGAGAGUGUCCGGUUCCUCGAUGAGUUGGACCUCACUUUCACCCUGGACAGUCGGGCUUCGGAAGCACAUCACUCCACCAGCAUUGAAGUUACUGCGCUGCCCGUUGUCUUCCGUGCUUCAUACCGGGAUAUUAUGCUCAUCAUGACCAUUGUCAACAAAGCGAUUGACCUUUACGGCGAAUCGAUCCAGUCGCAGGACGAGUCAGAACCCGACAAGACUCUUACUCGACCAGGAUUGACGUCAAGGAAGAUCUCGCGACCUACAACCUCCCGUGCACAGCCCAUCGGGAGUGCACGCGUCAUGAUGAACAAGGAGCAGUUCAAAGGUUCAUUCGAGGGAUUCCGGCUUGUCCUCAUUGGAGAUCUGCACGAACAACCGCUCUUGCAUCUGAGAAUCAAGCCUUUCAUUCUUGGGGCAAAAGAUUGGUCCGGAGAGCUGCAAGCAAUGUCAACGCUCUCGAUGCACAUCAGUUAUUGGAACAUUGCAAACUCGCAUUGGGAACCUCUUAUUGAUCCAUGGGUGUUCACCGCCUCGGUUGCGAAGGAGACCCCAUCGAGUGGCAUCAAGGUUUCUGUCAACGCGAAUCAGCGCCUAGAUGUCAACGUGACGUUGAGCUUUGUCGAGCUAGUCCUGGCGUUUGCGUCUAUGCUUGGCACAGAAGGAGAGCAGGUCUUGAAGAACGCGCGUGGCAGCUAUGCGCCAUACAAGAUCUGGAAUCGAACGGGGUACCCGCUGUUCAUCUGGUCUGACACAGAGGGUAGCAAUGGCACCAAAGACACCGCUGCCAAACAAGUUCCAAACGGGAAGACGAUUGACUGGCGGUUUGACGAUUGGAAGACCAUGCGAGAACAUGUCUCGUCGAGUGGACACAACAGCAUUGGUGUACAGAUCGUGGGUAAGCAGUGGGAACAUCUCCGCAGCGUUCCGGUAGACCGAGAAGGAGAGUACACGUUCUCGCUGCGGCCACGCACGGGAAAAUACGCACAUCGUCUUGUCUGUGAAGUCAAGGUAGAAGGCAACGCGAAAACUGUCGUUUUGCGGUCAACGUACAAAGUCGAGAACAACACGCUCUACCCGCUUGAGUUGACCUUGGUGGAUGAGACUGGCCAGCCGGUGUAUGCGGUCGAGAAGAUCGUCCCGGGUCAAGACUAUGCCCUCCCCCUCGAGGCUGUGAACCAAUGCCGCGUGAGGGUUCAGCCUGAUCAGGGCUUCGGUUACAAGUGGUCUCCGGCUGUCCGAUGGGAGGAUCUCAUUGCCAAGCGUGGCUUUACUCUCCGCUGUCCACAUACUGAUCAGAACGAGGCCGCAUUCAGGUUCCAGGCAUGGGCAGAGGCAGAUGCAAAUGAUAUCGCAUCUCGUAAACUUCCCCGUAUUUCGCUUAAGCUCCGAGCACCGAUUGAGCUCGAGAAUCUCUUGCCGUACAACCUCGAGUAUCGCAUCUACGACAAGGAUACCGACCAAAACUGGAGGAGUUAUCUGCGCAAGGGAGGAAUCAUGCCAGUCCACUCGGUUGAACUGGGACAUCUCAUUCUGCUCAAUAUUCAUGUCCAGGACACAGUGUUCAAGCCAAGCGACUUCGCUAUCAUCAACACCGACGGCAACUCCGACUUCGAUGUCGAAAGCAAACUGGUCCUGAGAGACACCCAAGGGCGUAGGUUGGACCUAAAGUUAAAUUACAUACAUUACCCCAACUCGGGUGGUUCUUUCAAGGUCCAGGUCUAUAGCCCGUACAUAGUGCUCAACAAGACUGGGUUGCCAUUUGGUGUGCGCCCUUCGCGAACUCGAGUGGGUGCGCCGUCAGAAAUUGCUGGAGAGACCCGUGAGGAUAUUCUCGCGAAGCCGCUUCCAUUCAUGUUGUCGCAUCCUACGGACAACGGGAAGGACUUCUCAUUCAAAAUCGGCGAGUCUAUGUGGUCCCAGGGCAUCAGCCUCGAUGCACCUAGAGCGGAGACCAGACUCGUCAUGCUCCACCAACAGAACAGAUCAGACGAGAUUCACACAGGGUUAUCAUGGGCCGAGGGACUUGGAAAGUACAAGCUGACGAAAGUGAUCACUCUGGCGCCGCGGUUUAUCGUCAAGAACAACUUCUCUAAGCCUCUAGCGAUACGGGAGCAUGGCGUGGCUCCUCGCGAUCGCGCGGCGGUGGAACCCGGAGAGCGCCGUCCUCUAAACGUCUUACGUUUUGGGGAGGAUAAGUUACUGACAGUGGCGCUUCCUGGUCUCAAUGCACAAUGGUCCGCCCCGAUCAACUUGGAGGAUAUAGGCACGAUACACUUCCGCCUUCCUGCGUCGGAAGACAGUCAACAGAUUCGCCUGAUGCGCGCGGAUAUCAAGAUUGAAGGGCCUACGAUUUUCGUGUUCUUGGACGAGGCGACUGAGGGAUGGCCGUUCAAAAUCGAGAACGAGAGCGACCUGACUUUCACUAUCCACCAGACAGACCAAGCUCGUCUCAACGCAGGCCCAGGAGCCAAACCUCCACCUUCAUAUACUGUGGCACCAAAGAACAGCAUUGACUACGCGUGGGACUAUCCGGCUGCCAGAGACAAGAAAAUCAUUCUCGCCGUGAAUGGGUCUCGCCGUGACGUUGACAUCAUGGAGAUCGGCGAUCUCGUGCCCUUCAGAGCUGCUACUAGCCGUGGAACGCGCAUUGUCUCGUUGGAUGUGCGGGCGGAUGGUCCCAAGCAAGUCUUGCGCAUCAGCAAUUACAAUGCGGAGCUCAGUCUUUACAAGCCGCGGCGCCGCAGUACUGCUUCGCUAACCCGGCAGGAUUCGAUGAGCAGCAGUCAGGAUGCGUUCGAAGCUAUUCAAGAGACCGUGGCUCCUGUGUUAACCGUGGCCUUGGACUUGCACGGUAUUGGUGUCUCCCUGAUCAACAAGCAGAUGGUCGAAGUGGUGUACACGUCCCUCAACGCCCUCAAGUUUGAGUACGCAAGCAAUCCGGUCGCACAGUCUGUCACGCUGUCCUUUGGAAAUUUGCAGAUCGACAACCAAUUGCAUGAUGCGCUCUUCCCUGUACUCCUUCAACCCACACCGAUCACGCAAGAGUCCAAGAGCGUCGCAGCACUUCCCACUGUCCAGGCGUCCUUCAUCUGGCUGAAUGAUCAAGAGCACGGCGUGUUCUUUAUCAAGUACUGUUCCGUGCUUUUGCAAGCCUUAACAGUAGAAGCCGACGAAGAUUUCUUGUUCGCACUGUAUGACCUAACGAAGAUCAAGGGUGCAUCUUGGGACGUCGCUCAGGAAGAUGUUCUAUUCGAGAAUCCCGAAGACAUUCCGGAGCCCCAAGAGACGAGCUCUGGGCUCGACCUGUACUUCGAAGUCCUUGAAUUGCAGCCCAUCAAGCUGUCGAUAUCAUUCAUGCGCACAGAACGGAUCAGCAGCGAGGAUCAACUCAUGCUGCGCAAUCCCGCGGCUGUGGUACUCAAUGCAAUCACAAUGGCUAUCGGCAACGUCAACGACGCACCUUUGGAGAUGAACGCUCUUGCUAUCAAGGACAUGCGAUUGACCCUACCAGACCUCCUGAAUCGAAUCACGCAUCACUAUCGCCAAGAAGUUCUACGACAGCUUUACCGUAUCCUGGGCUCCGCGGACUUCAUUGGAAACCCUGUCGGCCUCUUCACUAACGUCAGCUCUGGUGUCGCCGACAUCUUCUAUGAGCCGUUCAAUGGUGUCGUCAUGCAUGGUAACAAGGAUAUCGGCAUUGGGAUAGCGAAGGGUGCUGCGAGCUUUGUCAAGAAGACAGUGUUUGGGGUCUCUGACAGUUUCACAAAGUUCACCAGUAGCGUCGGGAAAGGCCUGUCGGCGACAACUUUCGAUUCUGAGUACCAGCUGCGUAGAAGGAUGAACCAGAGACGGAACCGACCUCGACAUGCCAUCUACGGUGUUGCUGCCGGUGCUGAGGCGUUUGCAAGCAGCGUGGUCAGUGGUGUCGAAGGAGUCGUUUUGAAGCCAAUUGAAGGAGCAGAGUCCGAAGGAGCCAAGGGCUUCUUCAAGGGCAUGGGCAAGGGGUUGAUUGGCGCUGUCACGAAACCAGUCAUCGGAGUGUUCGACUUGGCUUCCAACGUCGGCGCAGGUAUCCGUAACACUACCACCGUAUUUGACAACCCCGAUCGGGACCGGGUCCGUUUGCCUCGUCUGAUUCCAGCGGAUGGUGUGCUUGUGCCCUAUUCAGAACGCGAAGCCCUGGGUCAAUACUGGAUGAAAGACUUGGAACAAGGUGCCUUCCGCGGCGAGACCUACGUCGCUCAUAUCAAUCUUCCUGGCGGCGACAAUGUUGUGCUACUAACGACGACAAAGGUCAUCUCCUUCUGGUCCAACAAGCUCAAGCUGGAAUGGGAGCUGCCGUUCACACAGGUGCAAGGUGUGACAAUUGAAGACACAGGCAUCAAGUUCGCGCACAAGGGCGGGAAGCAGCACGACAAGUUCGUCUUCAUACCCGACAAGAGUUCCCAGACAUGGUUCUUCUCUCAGGUUGCCUCGGUGGUGAAGGCAUUCAAUGCCAGACGACGCAUGGACUCAUAGAUGCCCUUAUCUCCCCACUAUUCUCCCUCCCCGUCGGACACUUCCCUCUCGCUCUGCCGCUGUCGAUAGCGACGACUUCUGUGGACGAUUAAAUGCAUUCUUAGACUGUAAUCGGAUCAUGUACCAUUCAAGAUGUACCAAUCUAUGAGAUAUGAGAUACGGAUGACCGGGGUGUGCGGAAUCAGGAACGAAUUCGGUCAGCGCAAUGUAACAUGCAACGAAUGCAACGCAAGCACGUCAACUAUCGAUCGAGUAUGAACUAUUAGAUCAACCAGAUCUAAUGAAGCUAAGUAUACACACGUAAUCGGAAUUUGGGGCAACGAACUACGAGACGAGAGGUGGUGGAGGUACUACGACAGUGGGCGACGACUGCUAGCAAGCUGGGUGAAAGCAGGCCGGAAAUUAACACAUAAACUAAGAUGAUAAAUAGCUACGAAGGCGCAGCUCGACGCCCGACGCUCACGCGCGGCCGCCUACGGUGUCCUCGCUCCCGCGCGAGACGAGCCGGUGGUACUUGGCGUUCGUCGCCGUGCUCGUGCUAAAGUUGCGCUCGCGGCCCUUGAGGGACCCGUCCUGGCGCACGCCGAACUCGUCGAGGUGGUCCGCGGCGCUGAGGUUGGUAGGCGUGCCUUGCUCGGAGUGCUCGUCGGGGUCAUACGCCUUCACGCCACAUUGUUCGAGACUGCCGUAGCUGCCUCGCGGGCUGGUAGAGUACGCGCUCUGGAAGUCGCUCUCCUCGUCGUCCGUGACCACGCUAGCCCCAGGAGUCAAAGAGGGCGUCGUGGGCGUCACGGCCGAUGGAGAGAUCGCGCUGAUUGAUGCGGUGGAGGGGAUCCUACGCACAUCGAGUAAUUGGUUCGAGGUCACGACCUGGGGACGCGAAGGCUUCUCCUCAGCGACCUCGGUUUUGGUCUCGCUCUCGGACGCGGACGGGACGUCCUUGGCGGUGGCGGUAGCGGUAGUCGCGCCGCUGCCGCGUCGGAUUGGGGUCGAGCGACCGGUACCAAAGGGAGAAUCAGUAAUACUCCGAUCCUUCUUGCUAUGCGUCCUGCUGUGCGUCUUGCGGUGGCGAGACCGGAUCCGGUGAGUGGACUCGGAAAGCUCGCUCUCACUAGCAUGACCUUCAAGCGAGCGACGAUACGCGUCAGACGCAAGCGCAGACUCGAGCUUGCGCUGGAUCUGAAGCACCUUCUGCGCGAUCUUGUCGCUCUUCUGGCUGAUCCCCUCAUCGACGGCCUUCAUGCCGUCGUGCUGCUCCGCCUCGGCCCCCGCCGAGAACCGCUUCGCCUUCUUCUCCGCCACCUGCAGGUGCUCGUCCGACUCCGGCUCGUCCACCUCCACGAGCGUGCCGGUCACCCUCUCCGUCUUGAUCAGGUCGUCCCCGUUCGCGAACGACUCGGCCAGCGUCGACUCCGUGCUGAACGAGCGCAGCGGCCGCGCCCGCGCGUCGCUGCCACGGCGGUGCGCACCCCCGCUGGCGCUCGGGGCCGAGCGCGUGGACAGGCGGCUGCUGGGCCGCGAGCCCCCGUAGUCCGAGUCGUCGACGUCGACGGCCAUGUGCGCGAGGGCGCGCUCGAUCUGCGCCUCGACCUCCGCGAUCAUCUCCGCGCGCUCUUCUUCCAUCCGCUCCAUCUGCUCGCGCAUCGCCUCCAACUCCUCCAACGCCGCCUUGUGGGCCUGCUCCGUCUCGCUGAGUUGGUUCUGCAGCUUGGACUUCUCCGCGGCCGUCAUGGUGAUCAUGCUCGACAGCCGCUUCGUCUCCUUCUGCUCCUUGUUGAUCUUCGCGCGCAGGUCGCUCGCCUCCGUGCUCAGCUUCUCCGCGUACUGCUCGAACGUGACGAACUUGUCGCGCCACAGGUCCGACUCGGUCAUCAGGAAGUUCAGCCGGCGCGACAGGCGGCCGAUCUUCGUCUCCAGGUCGUCGCGCGCGUCGACGAACGCCGACGCGCGCUUGCGAAUGGAAAGCUGGAUGUGCUGCUCGGCGACGGUGAGGCGCGGGGGCGUGCGCACGCUGCCGAAGGAGCUGAUGCGCUUCAGAAGCGAGGGCUUCUUCAUCUUGUCCGCGAGGACGCUGUCGAACGCCUGGAUGAUGCGCGUCGAGUGCCACCAUUCCGGGGGUUUCACCAUAUCCGCGACUGCCGUCGACGCGGCGCCGCGCUUCGCCUGAAUCUUGCAAACGGGGCGGAACCUGCCCGCAGGGAAGGCCUCUUUGAAUUCGCUCGGAACACAGUGGUCGGGAUGGUAGUGGGGCUCAAAGGCGGCCAGCAGCCUCUGACGGUACCGGUCGCGCUGCUGCUUGGAAGACACGACGCCUGGCGGAGGAGAGGCGCAAUUGAGGUAAUUGAUGUCCAGAUCCACGACGCACACCUCCGGAGAAGGACGCACAGCGUAUCGGGACUCAGUCGCCAGGCCGAUGAUCCACGGGCCCGGGUCGUCAAUGUAAAUUUUCGCGUCGCGGGAGUGCACGGCCGACAAGGCGACGCCGCUCCAGCCACGUAGCUCGACGAGAUACUUGAUAGUGAGGACCGCGAUGCCGAGCAUAGCAGGAUGGCGCGAGAAGAACAGAACGCGGCCCGUCGGCGCCAAGGCGAUCUCGCAAAUCGUCAGGAUGUUGUCAAUAUUCAGACACUUGAACACGGGCCACAUGGUAAAGUUGACGUCGACCAAACCCCGACCGAAGUCGAGGCCACCAGGGAAGCGUGCGACGACUUCCAGGCUCGUCUCGGCAGCGCCGUUGUUCGACGAGCUCGAGGUCGGCGACGCGUCCAAGCGGACGAGCUCGCCGGGGCGGGGUGCCGGGUGCGACAAAAUCUUGCUGAUCUGGAGGGUGUGCGACUGGACGUCCUUGGAGAAGCGCGCCCAGGAGAGCGUGAGAUAGUCGCGCAUGAGGUCGUAAAUCGGGAAGCGCGACACCAACGUCAACGCGUACGGCAACCAGAAGACCGCGUCGCCGGGCAAGAACAGCGUGCUCUCUCCGGGGGUGUGUCCGACGGUGCUCGCGACCUCGUAGUCGCUCUCGCUCACCGCGCCCCCCUCGCCGUCCGUCUCCGGGUCCCAGUCGGUCUCUGCGUCCGUGCCCGGCCCCCAGGGGCCCCGCGCGCUCGCCUUGGCCCGACGACGCGCCUGAAUGGCAGGAUCGCUCGGCGCGUCAGACGCGGACGCGUGACCCCUGCGACGGGACGGCACGAGACUCUGCCCGCUCUCCUUCCUCGCACGGCCCGCUUCUAGCGUGCGGCGGAUCGCGGCCGUGCGCUCGGCGUCCGCGUGCGACCACACCGUCAGACAGACUCCGUGAUAGGUUAUCUGCCCGCCACUGCCGCCGUUCAGCCCGGAGCCGAGCUCAGCCUGCGCGCGCGCGCUCGCGCCGUGGCCGUUCGGCGAGAGGAAGGCGGACGGCGGGCCGAGAUACGCUGACGACGGCCGGGCGUGGCGCGAGAACGGGUCGUCGUUGUACGGGUAAGCGUACGAGACGUCUGUCGUGGUCGUUAAGACGGAGGCGCGCAGGACGUCGGUCGAGGGGCUGGGCCCGAGCGGCGUCGAGGGCGCGGGGAGCGUGAACGUGAAGUUGUGCACCGUCGACGCGGGCUGCAGGGUCGACGCGAUGAUCUCGACCUCGCGCGUGAAGGAGAGCUUGAGUGCCUUGGAGAGCAUUUUCCCGACCUCUUGCUUGCUCAGGUGCCCGGACGAGGAGAAGACGCCGUCCUCGGCCUUGUUCUUUUUCUUGCGUUUUCCUCCUCCUCCACCCGCGCCGGGGCUGAUGGUGCUGCCCAACACCUCAGGGCGCCACCAGCGGCCGACCGCCCCCUCGCUAUGGUGCAGGCCCAUGACCGAGUCCGGGUCGGCGAGGGUCCAUGUAUGCGGACUCUUUGGGAGGCCAGAAACAACAUAGAGGGAGGCGAGGGGCAGAGUCGGGCCCGACUGUGAGGGGGGCGGCGCACUGACCGAGGGGGGUGCAGAGCGAGCGGAGGCGACCGAGUUGCGGUUGCUGCCUGGGAUGGGCUCCAUGCUCUGGCGGUGCCUGAUGCCGAGGAUGCGGGAGGCCUUGUCUGAGCGGGCGGGGACGACGGCGUUCUCGACGGGGCCGUGUGUGGGGAGGUCGACGGUGACGUACUCGAGCUCGUCGUCGAGGGCGGAGUGGAAGGAGGGCGUGGAGGGGUUGUUGCUGUGGGAGCGAGCAUUGGUCGCUGCUGGCUCGCGGAGCUGUCCCUGGAUGUGUCCGGAUCCGAACAGAGGUUCGUCCUUGUUAGUCGCCCCGCUGCCAGUCCCCGAAAUGGUGAUGAUCGGCUCAGGCGCCGGAAUCGCUCGCGGCCCACGACGCCCCGCGCUGGCCCCUACGCCCGUCGCUGUUGCCGAGUGCGUGCUCGUCGCAGAGCGCAGGCUGAGACUCGACUUGACGGUCGUCCUGCGCGACAGGAGCGAGCCCGUGUUGUUGCUGUUGUUGUUGGCGUUCUUCGUCCCAGCGUCGUCGUCCGAGAAGCGAGACUUGGAGAUCUUCUCGCCGAUGGGUGGACCUGGCGUGGCAGAGACGGCGAGCGGCUGCACGGGCGGUUUCGCCCUCGUGCGGGGACUGUGCAUGGCUCACGAACGGGUGACAGCAGGAAUGGUGGUGUAAGAGUGCUGCGAGGUGGGAGAGAUCACAGAGAGCUCGAGGUGCCGAGGCGGUAAAGACGGAACGUUGUAGGUGGCAGAGUGGACGAGCAAGGAGGAAAAGAAGGUGGAGCAAGGACAGAGAGGCAGCCUUGAAGAGAGCAGAGCUUGGCUCCGGCUGGCGGUGGAGGUUGG